AUGCUCAACGUUCGCAUCUCCUCUUUACCCCCGGAUCGGCAGACCGCGGCCAAAGAUUGCCGGCGAUGCAUCAAGCGCCGCAUUAAAUGCGACCGGAGUACUCCACGAUGCCGCAAAUGUACCAUUCGCGAGUUUCAAUGCCCCGGGUAUGAUGCGAUUCAACUCAAAUGGGGUCUUGGUGUCACUAGGAUACAGAAGCCGUCCGAAAGGUCAUCGACCAGUCAAUCUAGCACCAACACCAAUGAUGCAGAUAUAUCGAGUGCUGCUCUAGUUCCCAGAGUUGGAGUUUCUCCUGGACGAGAUAUUGUCCCCAGGAUGGAUCAGAACUCUCCAAUAUCAAUAACAAGAACACCAUCGCCGACAAUCGACAGGCCCUUGGUUGAUAGCUAUACAUCAGCCAUUCUAUCGCGGAAUCUGUUCACUCAUUUCAACAUCAAAGUCGCUCCCCGAUUGACAUGGGUUGACCGACCGGACCAUCCAUGGCGCAAAGUCAUCGCACCUCUCGCACAGCGUUCACGAUGUCUUGGUCUCUCAAUCCUCAGUGUCGCAGCAGCCCAUUUAUCAUUCACAUCAUCAAAUAUCCCCUCUGCAACAGCUACACCUCAAAGCAUCAACCACCGCCUCCGUGAUGCAAGUCUCCACAUGCUAAACCAAAAGAUCAACACCGAGCUAGCAAACUACCACUCAACCACCGACCACCUCUCCCGGGACUCAACCUUGAUCGAAAUCCUAGCAACGACAUUAGUUCUUUGCUACGGAGAAAUGCUCAUCCCGCACUCAACAGACUGGAAUCUCCACCUCCACGCCUGUCGCGUCCUCAUCGAGCGAUACACCUGGCGCAACAGACACAGCACACAUCCCAACGCCGCAAUCGACUUUAUCAUCCGGGAAGUCGCCGACAUAGAAGUCUUCCGCAACAUCGGCGCUUUUUCCAUCGAACAACCCUUUAUAACGGACGCCCUCCACCCCCGCUCAAAAUCAAUCCUACUAGACGACUACUUCCACACCUUCACGGGCGUCUUCCGCGAAAUCACCGCCGAAGAAAGACGCCGAUAUACCCUCUCCCAAAAAGUCCAAGCCCAAGAAAAUGCAAACCAAUCACAACCCCCGUCCCCUGCACCAAUCGACAUGGCCCCCUGGCGCGCAAAAGUCGAUCUAGCCCACGCCCGAGCCUCAGCCGAUACAACCCGCCUAAUCACAACGCACGGCACCAACACGCAGAAAUGGAUGCACUCAAUCGUCCGCGCCGUCUACCACGCCAGUCUAAUCUAUGCCUACCAAUCGCUCGCCCCUCUCCCCGAAGCAACCGCCGAAAUAGGGACCUCCCUCCCGAUCUUACUAGCGGAAAUCGAAUUCCUAACCGCCGGCCCGGUACAUAGCUUCUCGCAUGAUAUUUUCGUACCGCUUUUCAUUGCCGGGACGGAAUGCUGGGUUGACCAGGGUAGACAGGAGGCUGUGGAGGGACGGUUUAGGGAGUUGUUAGCGGCGAUGGGGAUUUGGUGUAAUUUUUCGGCGUUGAGGUUUUUGAAGGCUUUUUGGGGGAGGGGGGAGUAUCAUCGGGUUGGGGGGUGGAUUCCUUAUGCGAGGGAGAAUGAGGGUGAUAAUGGGCCUUUUCUUGUUUUUUGA